GGUGACAGGGCCGGGCACUGCCCACGGCCGGGCGGGCAGGGGGCACGGCGGGGAUGGGGCGGCUCCGCGGCCGGGCCGAGCGCGGGGUCCCGGGGGAGCGGGACGAGCCCCGGCCCCGCCGAGCCCCGGCCGGGGCUGCCAUUGGCUCGGGGCGCGCUGACCGCCAGCCGCCUCCGAACUAUUUCCUGUUGCUGCAGCGUUAAUGCUAAACAGACCUUUCCCUCUCUUCCCUCGCUCCAGCCAAAGUGCAGCGGCGCCGCCGCCUUCCCGCCCCGAUGCCGAGUGUGUGCCAUCCCUGGAGCCGCUGAGAACCGCCGGGCACGGGAUGGAGAGUCGCCGGAGGGACAUGGAGCUGCUCAGCAACAGCAUGGCCGCGUACGCCCACAUCCGAGCCAACCCCGAGAGCUUCGGGCUCUACUUCGUGCUGGGCGUGUGCUUCGGGCUGGUGCUGACCCUGUGCCUGCUGGUGCUGCGCUUGUCCUGCCGGUCCCCCCCGCGCCCCCCGGCCCGGCCCGGCCACCCCAGCGAGGACGAGGAGGAGGAUGACGAGGACGAGGAUGAAGAGGAGGACACCAUCGACCGCGCAGCGUCCGAGUCGCUGCUGCCGGUGACCGAGAUCCCUCUGGAGAGCCACGGCCCCGGGGACGGGGCGCUGGCCGUGAACGUGUUCGCGUCGGCGGAGGAGCUGGAGCGGGCGCAGCGGCUGGAGGAGCGCGAGCGCAUCAUCCGCGAGAUCUGGCGCAACGGGCAGCCCGACAUCCUGGGCUCCGGCACCAUCGGCUCCGUCGGCACCCUGGGCCGUGUCCACUACUACUGAGCCCUGGCACGGGGGCAGCUGCCCUGGCACGGUGCCUGCUCCCCCCAGAGCCGAUCCCACGCCGUGCCAGGAGGGACCGGCAGGACACGGGGGCCGCUUGUGGCCCCUGCACCGGCGGAGCCGCCCUGGGCUGUCCCUGCACCAAGGACGGCCGGACCGCGGUGCCACAGGCAUGGCCGGGGCUGGACACCCCGGCAGCACCGCGGGACAUGAUGCACUUUGAGCCAUUGGUACGAGGCUGGCACCAGCCAAGCAGCCCCAGGACACGCAGGGACAGGGACAGGGACAGGGACAGGGCUGACCUUGCUGGCCCAUCUCAGCCGGGAUGGGUGGGGGUCACCCCGUGGGGCAGGGCCGGGCUGUGCAUCCGUGUGAGCCCUGGGCUCCUGCCCCACAAACAUGGUGCUGUUAUACACAAGCUGGAGCCCAGUGUGGUGGGGUCCUGAGUUUUGGGGGGCCCUGGACACAGGGAUUGUCUCAGCCCCUCCCCAGGCCAAUUCCCUCUUUGGCCCCACUAAAUUUAGCCGGAUCUUUUCCGGCACCACCCACCAUGACCCAGCGCCCUCCCGGCGGGACCAGGGCGGAUGUUCCCGCUGGACUCUGGGAUGGCCGCUGCUCCCCGGGGAUGUGGCUGCUCCCACCAGGCUGAGCCGCAUCCUGCCCUGCUCCCAGCCCCAGCACAGCCCCACAGGGUGCGGGGGCCCCACUGCCCCCUCCCCAGCAGCUUUAUAAAAAUAGCUUCUUCCCAGGCUGGUCCCCCCUGCCGCCAGCGCCAGCAGGAUCCAGAUGUUUUCCAGAUGUUCUCCAGUGGCUGGAGGCCAGGAUGUGCUGGGGCUGGGACUGGAGCUGGCCUGGGAAACUAUGUGGGGGCUGGAGGAGGAGGAGGACGAGCAGGAGGAGGAGGAGGAGGAGGAGGAGGAGGAGGAGGAGGAGGCCCUGUCCCAGCCUUGCUGUGGGCCCUGGCAGGACCCCCUGUGCCAUGGUGGGACCCCCUGUGCCCAGCAGGACCAGCUCAGCCCCACGGGGACAUGGGAGCCCACAGCAGCUCCCUGAGCAGCCCCCACACAGAGAUCCAUGCCCAAAAUAGUUUAUCAUAAACAAUUUCUAUACACUUGGGGGCAGUUGUGCUGCAGGGAGCAGUACCUGGGCACAGGGUGGGCAUUUUGUGCCCAGUGAGUGCAGAUCUGGGCUGGGGGCAGCGGGAUCGGGGGGCACAGGCACCGUGUGCCCCCCACCUGCCCCGGGUGGGCAGCGCAGCCCCCAGGGCACUAACAGGACAGCCCCUUCCUCAGCCGCUCGAUCUCUGCCUGUGGGGAGAGGCUGUGAGUGCUGGGGGGCACGGGGGCACCGGGACGGGGCAGCCCCUGCCAGGACUCACCUGCAGCGCCUGGCGCUGGCUCCGCUCCUGGCACAGCUCCAGCCGCAGGUCCUGCAGGUCCCGCCUGCAACGAGCCCGGACGGCUCAGCUGGGGCCAGACCCGGCAGGGAACGGCCUGAGGGAGCCGCUGGGGACCCCCCGACCCCCCAUCCCCACUCACAGGUGCUGGACUCGCAUCAGGUCCACGAGGAUGUGCAGCGUCCGCACCUCGGCCUUCAGGUCCUCCAGGGCCAGCGGCCUCCCCUCCGGCCCCUCCGCCUGCCCCGCGCUGGGGACGGGGACGCAGAGCCUGGCGUGGGGCAGCCCCCAGGGCUGCUCCACCCCACAGGGACCCCCUGCACUCCCCAGGACAAGGCUGGGUGGCCGCUGGCCGGGUACCCGUGGCCGUGUGGCCGUGGGGUGGCUCAACCUGGCCGUGGUCACCGACACCGCGUUGAAGCCGUCGGCAUCUGCCAAGGAAAGAGUGGGAAUCGGUGCCUGGCACCAGGCAGGGCCUGGCCCCCCUGCAGCCCCUCGUGUGGCCCAUGCACCCUACCUGGGUCACCGGUUCUGCCCCGUCCCAUGUCAGCUGUGGCGCUGGGCUGGGGGUCACCAGGCCUGGGGACAGCAGAGGUGUGAAAUGGCACAGCCAGUCCUGCUCCAGGGCCCAGAGAUGGCCGUGGGCAUGGCCCUGGUGCUGGGACAUCGUUGUGGCCCCAGACACUCCGGCACGGUCACAUGUGUCUUACUUGGUGGCCAGCACAGGGACUGGUUUGGCCUUGGCAGGGACAGGGGGAGCAGGAGCCAUCCUCUUGGUGAGCGGGAGCUUGGCCGGCUCCAUCCUCACCGGUGCUGGGAGCUCUGGGGAGGGGAGGCAGAGCGGGGCUGGGCUGGGACCGGCACUGCCAGGCGAGAGCAGGGCAGGAAGCUCUUCCUGCCCCAGCAUGGGGGGCCUGUCCCAGGCACAUCCCUGUCCCUCCCUCUCCCCCAGCCCAGGACUCACCUGGGGGCUCCCCGUCCUCGGCCUCCCUGUCCUUCGCUGUGGUUCCAACUGCCAGGGAGCAAAAGGGCCCCUUAGGCUCUGGGGAAGGACCUUCUCCCAGCCCCACACCAGCCCCACACAGGCCCUGCUGCGGGCGGCACUUCCUCUGUGCAGCAGAGCAGGGGAACCGCGGGCAGGAUGUCAUCCCACCCCCACGGCACAGCAGCAUCCCCGUCCCACCGAGCCCGGGGGGCACAGCAGGGCAGGCCCACCAGCACGGCGGGUACAGGGCACCAGGCCGUGGGCAGGUGCCCAUGGACCACCCUGUCCUCAUGCCCAGCCCUGGAGCAGCUCGGCCAAGCACAGGGGCUGCUGUUGGGGUGGUUCCCACACACAGGACCCCCAGAGCUGCGGCGUCUCCCUCCUACCUGCCCUCCUGCUCCCUCCUGCCUCUGCCCACGAGGUCGAGCCGUGCCCUGCUGGGCUCCCCUGGCCCCGCACUGUGCACGUGAUGCCAGAGGAAAUCGGCUCCGUGCUGGGAAGGAAGUCGAAGCAGAGAGAACCUGGGUGCUGGUCCACACCACAUCCCUGUGCCCCACAGGGCUCCCCCUGUCCCCCAUCCCGGGCGGGUCCCUGGCUGCCCCAACCCACCUCACACCCACCUGCGGGGCUGCCCGGCCAUCCUGGUGGGACACCAGGGCCAGACAUCCCUGGGCUCGGUGUCCUGGGAUGGCAUCGCUGGCAUCAGCUGUGGGAUAGAGGUUGGGUGAGGAUGGGACUACAGGUGGGGACCAGUGUCACGGCACAGCCCUGCAGAGCUGUGUCCCCCCCAGCCACCCUCAGCACAGAGCCCCCAACUCACCUGCCCCACACAGGGCAGGGCUGGGCCCUCUGUGCCAGCGUGGGGUCUCAGCCUUGGCAUCGGGGUUCCCUGCACGGCUGAGCCCCAAACGCUGGGGAGAGCCAGGGCUGGCACAGGGUGGAGCGAGGCAAGGGGCAGGACCACAGCUGGCCCCUGGGGACAGCUCACAGCCAUCCAGGGUGACAGUGGUUCUGUCACCUUGGGCUGGAGGGGAAGUGAAACCCAAACCGCGGAGGGGCCGAAACCCACAGACCGCGAGCGCAGGGGGUGAUGUGGCCGCGGUCCCUCCACGGGCCGGGAUGUCACUGUGACACUGUGACACUGUGACACCACUGCUCUGGCCGGGCCUGGCCAGCACCCGGCCCAGGAGGCAGCACAGAUAAUCCUUUUGGCCAAACUCAUCCGACCCAGCAAUCCUGAGCCCCGAGCAGGGGUUGGGGAUCGGCCGCGGGCAGAGAAGGGCGAUGGAGGGGAGGUUUCAUUGCUGCAAUUCCCAGGGUGACCCCUCAGGGAACUGGGAACACCGGGCUCCCUUUCCCUAGGUCAGCUCGAGGUCAAGCAGGAGGUGAAGCAGCCGCCGUUACCCCACACCUCUGUCCCGACAGCUCUUGGCCGUCACCCCACGGCGCCAGGACAGCUGCUCUGCCCCUGGGCACCCCCUGAACCGCCCCAAGGCCACACCCCCAGCACCCAGCUCGGCUGUGGGAAGGGAUGGAGCUGCUCCCGGGCGUGGGUGACACAAGCCCUGCUGGCAGCACCCGUGGCUGUGUCACCUCUGUCCCCAGGCAAUUAGUGCCAAAACAGGGGCUGAAAGGUCUAUUAACGCAGAAAACCCAACAGGGAGUUGCUUUCAUACCUGAGUCAGGCCAGCACAAACCCCUGGUUUGUGCCCCUGCUGCUCUGUGACAGUGAGGGCACCCGGCUGGGCUUCCCCUUCCACCCCUGGUGUCCCUCCAACCUCUCCUCCAGAACCACUGUGCCCCUCAGCUCCCCUGCAGCUCCAGGCACUCGGCUCUUCUGGCGACUCAGGACACAAACCAAGCAGAGUUACACCUACUACGUAUUUUAUUGUAUUUUAUUUGCAUAAACAAACUUCGGGGCUUUGCUAAACAGGAACUGUUCAAGUCAAAACAAACCAAACUCUAGCUGGUGUGUGGGGAACAGCACAGCAAUCCUGGGGAGGGGGAGAGGGGAGCGUGGGCACGGCUGUGCCUCCCCGCCCAGGCUCAAACCCGGCCGGGAACCAUCUGCAAACUGCUCCAGGGUAUUCUUAAAGCAGAAGAUACAAAGAAACACGUCCUAAGGGCUGUCCUCAAUCAGCUCAGGAGGGAUCUGCCUUUUGGUUUUAUAAAAAGAUUAAUAAAAAAUAUUGAAAAAUUCUCAUCUCCAUUUAUAUUUUUUCCCCAAGUAGAAUUCGGAAGUUCCUUAGAAAACUGUCAUCUUGGAAAGGGCACUCAGGUCACAACCAGCUGCAGGGAGGAGACACAAAUGCUACAAGCAGUUUGGGGUCCAGCACACACCAGGCCUAACAGUGAACACAAACAGUGGCCAGAAGUAGGGUGUAAUUUUUUUUUUUCUCUUUAAAACCAUGCUAAUUUUGUUAACUUCCAACAUAAAAGGAAAACAAUCAUUUUUAAAAGGCCCUAAACUCAACUGUUACAUAAAAAAAAAAAAAAAGUUAAAAAAAAAAAAUCAUAGCAGUUUGGUCCCAACAAGUGAAUAUUUAGAUGUUUAC